CAGAUUAUAGGUGAAUAAGUUGAUUAAUAAUAAGUUUUAAUAGAUAAUAUUCGCCUCACAUAUUUCGGUAAGCAUGUCUGAAUAUUCGACACCAGCAAGAGCCGAAAACGAUUCCGAUAGCAACCGGGUGGACACAACUACGGGAGAACCAAACGUUAAAUCAUGCCAGAAUACAAACAAUCGCUACUUUAGACGGCAUUUGAAUGCAGCUUUCGAUACAUUCGGAUCGCAACGACCAGAGAAGAUUUUAGGUGCUCAUUAUGUCGAAAAGCACGAUAAAAGUGAAGUGAAGCAGUAUGUGAAUGAGUUUUCCACAAAAUCAGAAGAAUGUGUUUACGAGAAGAUGCGGAAUAGCACCGAGUUCGUUCAGGUAACCAAUUGGAGCGAGCUGAUGCUUUCGGCCGGGCUAAAAGAAACGUGUAAUCACGAGCUUGCUCUGACGAUGAAGAUGAUUGCUCUUUCGGAACAGUUUCCGGAACCGAAGAAUGCCAACGGAGUGGAUUUCAAAGUGCUCUACAUGAAUUUGUCCAACAUGAUGCUGGGAUGUCCAAUUCAAGAAAUGAACUCUGCUACAGCUAAAGUAUUGAAGGAUACGUACGAGGAAACCCUAUCGCAGAUUAAGCAAUCCGACAAUAGCAGUAAUGUGAAUCUUUUACGUGAAUGCAUGUCGAACAUGGCCGCACCUAGGGAAUCGCCUUCGGAUUGUUUGUCUAAUGAAACAUUGGCUGCUUAUUUUGCCGAUACUAACCUUAAUCCGUUUCAAAUACCAUUUAAGAAAUUGUUUUACGUUUCCAAAUAAACUUUUCUGUUGGUUGCUAAAGAGAGGUAAGACUGAAU